GAAUCGACACUCAUUCUAUGUCAAACGUUCGCCGUGCACGCGAUAUGGAUUCGUUGGGGCACAGUAGAAUAGAUAACUUAAGCUCAGAAUGGGAGGAAAGAAACGCGUUUCUUCUACCUUUCUCAAUUAUUGGAGAUGCCCCAAAUCUUGGUUGUCACUUAGAUGUUAAGUGGAUCAACGAAGCAAUUGUGAAUACUUCUGCUAUAAUGCGUCAAGCUGAUGACAUUCUUUCUCGGAGGUCACUCAAAGGUGACCAUGAAGCAGCAUGGCUUCUCAGGGCAGUCACUUGUAUUGACCUGACUACAUUGUCUGGUGAUGACACUGCAAGCAAUGUUGAACGCCUAUGUGUAAAGGCAUGUGACCCAAUAGCUACUGAUCUGUUGGAAGCUGCAGGAUUUUCCAGAGACAAUGGAAUAACAACAGCUGCAGUUUGUGUGUAUCCAGCAAGAGUGCCAGAUGCAGUCCGCACAUUAACAAGAUUAGGUUUUAGCAACAGAGUUGCUGUGGCUUCAGUUGCUACUGGCUUCCCAAGUGGGCAGUAUCCAUUGGAAACCCGUCUUGCAGAAAUCAAGUAUGCUGUAUCAUCUGGUGCCACAGAAAUAGAUGUUGUUGUGGAUCGGUCUCUAGUGCUUUCUCAACGGUGGAAAGCUCUGUAUCGAGAGAUUAGAAUGAUGGCUGAAGCAUGUGGCAGAGCCCAUUUCAAGGUUAUACUGGCUGUAGGGGAGCUGGGAACAUUGACUAAUAUAUAUCGGGCAUCCCUUGUUGCAAUGAUGGCAGGAGCACAUUUUAUCAAAACAUCCACUGGAAAAGAAACUUUCAAUGCAACAAUUCCAGUCAGUAUUGUUAUGUGUCGAGCAAUUCGAGAUUACUAUUUGAAAACUGGAUAUAAGGUUGGUUUCAAACCUGCAGGCGGCAUACGCACAGCUAAAGAUGCACUGAAUUACCUUAUACUAAUGAAAGAAGAGCUAGGAACAAAAUGGAUGUCCCCAAGACUAUUCCGCAUAGGAGCAUCAGGGUUGUUGUCAGAUAUUGAAAAACAUUUGUAUCUCCAUACCACUGGUAAAUUUGCCAACACACAGGAUUUUUUGAUGGGCUGAGGGGGAAAAUAGGAUGACAAGAUGGAUGGAAGGACGACACACACACACACACACACACACACACACACACACACACACACACAUUAUGACCUUAAUAAGUGGUCAUUUCUCUGUGUAGUUUCCCUAUUCCAUGUAUUUAAUGUUUUUAUAUACAAACAAUGAUUAAAUGUGCUUGCCUUUUGCUUGGCUGUUACUAUAUACUUGCAGAUACACCCAGUCAUUAAUUAAUUCAAAGGAAGUCAUCUGCAGUCUAUGUUCUCUAUCCCAGAUGGAAUAAUGUUUAUUCUCUCAGUGACACCAUGCCUGUCUUUCUGCAGUUGUCAUAUUCCCAGAAAUGUAUGUGACAUUUAUAACCUCUGUCACUUUUGCUUGUAGAAUAAAUACAAUUACCUACAUUAA